UAGUUGCAUUUUAAACUUUUACGUAUACGGUUGUGGACAGCAAAACAUAAAUUACGAUUACGAUUUUUUUCGAUAUUUAUUAUUACUAAAUUAUUAAAAAAACUCACGGGCUAUUUUACGGGUUAAAACGUUAAAACAACGGCGAGCGUUAUCAUACCUUAUUUUCAGGAAAAAAAAAUAAUUUAAUUUUUUUUUAACUGCAUGGUUUUAAAAAUAUUUUUUUAAAUCUGCCAGAUAAGUGGUGACUAACAGUACGAAAAAGAGCAGGAGAUAACAAGGUUUUAAUAAAUUAUAACCAAUUAGUCAAUGGUUUAUCGGGAAGUGUUUUAAAGACAAAUCGGAAUAAUUAAAAGUAAUUUGUGAUUAGAUUUUUUUUUUUGUUAAAUAAGUGAAACCAAAAACACCUUAUCAAGUGCUAGUUUUUUAUCGUUUUUUUUUUAUUAUUGGAUCAUUGCAAAAAAAAAAAAAAAAACAAAUAAAAAAUGAUUCACAUUUAAAUUAUGUGUACUUAAGACCAAACAGCAGAGUCGUUCAUUCGUCUGACAGUUUUCGUUCUCAUACGAUCGCAUUCAUUUUGUUUCUUAUCAAAAUAAUUGUGGACAAAUCGGCAGAACAAUUUUAGCCCCUUAACCGUAGAAGGGAAAAAGAAGUUAAUUGAUAUUAAAGUAUGCGUCACUUAUCAUAAUCAUAAAUUCUUUAUAAAUAUUAUAAAUAUUUUCUUUUCUAACCCAUUGUGCAUGUGUUUGUUGAAAGACCGUACUAAAAUUCGUUAUAAAAGUGUUCGUUUAUAUUAAAAUACAGUGAAUUGUUUAUAAAUUGUUGAUUUAUUUUUGCUGAAACAAACGUCUUUUGUAAAAUAAAAUACCUUAAAAAACAAACAACAAAAAAACCCUUACACACUCAUACACACACACACAUAGUGUUAACUAAAGAUUAGAUAAUAAUUUUAUUCAAUACAAUACUACUACCAAAUACUGAAAUACUAAAAUCAUAAUCAAAUUCGUAUACAAAAAUAAGUCUCAAAUCAGUUUUGCAACUCUGUUUGACUUUGGUGUAUGUGUUGUUCGUUUUUGUUGUUGCUAUUGUUGUUGUCGUUCAUCUUUUGCUGUGUGUAUUUUCUGUAUUAAUAAUAAAUUUUAAUCAAAUCAAUUUAAUAGUGAAUAUUCACCGGUUGUUGGCUGAAAACAGGAGGGUUUGUUGCUGUUAAAGCCAAAAAAUAAAAUUAAAUAAAAUAAAUUUAUUACUGUGAUUUUGGAUUAUUGUAUAUUUGUGUUCGUAACUAACAACAGGUUUUAUAUUUAAUAUUAAAUUUUAGAUUAUAUUUUUUUAUUGUUAACAUUUCUACCUGUGAGUUUGUUUUUAUAAAAACAAAUUAAAAAUGGCUCUCAUAAUCUUACACGAUAUGUAUGACUGGUACAGGGAUCUCAUGGACAAUAAAAGUGGUAAAUCUCGUGUCAAAGAUUGGUUUAUGAUGUCCUCACCUGUACCCACAUUUUUAUUAUGUGUAUUUUACGCUUAUUUUAGUAAAUCUUUAGGACCAAAGUUAAUGGCCAAACGUAAGGCCUUGGAUUUAAGACAAAUACUAGUUUGGUACAAUCUAUUUCAGACCAUAUUUAGUGCGUGGAUAUUUUAUGAGUAUUUAAUGAGCGGCUGGUGGGGUCAUUAUAAUUUUAGAUGUCAACCAGUUGAUUAUAGUAAUAAUCCUUUAGCCUUAAGAAUGGCACGCGUUUGUUGGUGGUAUUACAUUUCAAAAUUCACAGAAUUUUUCGACACACUAUUUUUCAUAUUGCGUAGAAAAACACAACAUGUUUCAACACUGCAUGUCAUUCAUCACGGUUGCAUGCCCUUCUCUGUGUGGAUGGGCAUGAAAUUUGCACCAGGCGGCCACAGUACCUUCUUUGCCUUAUUAAACUCAUUUGUACAUAUUGUAAUGUAUUUCUAUUAUAUGAUUGCUGCUAUGGGACCAAAAUACCAAAAAUACAUCUGGUGGAAGAAGUAUUUAACUUCUUUCCAAAUGGUUCAAUUUGUCGCCAUUUUCACUCAUCAAUUCCAAUUGUUGUUCCGUGAAUGUGAUUAUCCUAAAGGUUUUAUGGUUUGGAUCGGUUUACAUGGCGUUAUGUUCCUAUUUUUGUUCUCAGACUUUUAUAAAGCCAAAUAUACAAAGGCUGCACAAAAAGUUAAAGCCAACAGUACGGCCAAUGGUCAUAUUAAAUCAUCGACAAUAUCCGAAUCGGAGAAAGAACAUCUUAUGGCCAAUGGCAAUGGUAAAUUAUAUACAAAUGGUGAUGUAAUUUAUGCCAAUGGUAAUAGCAAUAAAGGAGCUUGUAUGCCUGUUUUGGAUGAUGAAAUCGAAGUGAAACCCUUAAGCAAUGGUCAUUUACUCAAUGGCAAUGGUCAUUAUCAAAAUGGCUUUGCCAAUGGUCACAUACUCAAGGAAGGUGUUAUCUCAACCAAUGAAGCUAUCUUAAAUUCAGAUACUAGUAGCUCUAGUCUUCACCAGAGAAAAGUCAAAUAAUAAACUAAAGUGUUUUUUUCUUAGGAUUUAAAGUAAUUUUAUAUAUAUACAUAUAGUUUUUAGCAACAAAUUAUAUACAAAAACCAACAAAAAAAAUUAAGAAAAGGAAUUAAUUUUAUAA